UAGAAAAUGAAUCCAAUAAACUAAAAUUAGUUGAAAAUGAAUCUGAUCAAUUGGAAUUCCUUGAAAAUAAAUUUAAUAAACAAGAUUCAGUUAAAAAUGAAUUUGAUGAACCAGAAAUAAUUAAAUUAGAUGAUUUAUCAGAUUAUUAUA